UAUUGUGUCUGAAAUCAUAAGAUCUUCAGAUCGACAUUCUUCGGUACUGUUCUUUGUCCAAAUAUGAGUCGAAUGCGGGCACUGUCGUCGCCGGAAUUGGAUUUCCCGGAAUCUUCUUCCGCCGCAAGAAACCCGGAAGACAAGAAGCCUCUUGAAGAUACCGGUUUCGAAUGUGUGGCUACGAAUGCAAAGCUGCUACUGAAACUAGUUCAAGAUCACAAUGAAGCGAGUUUGAGACAUCAAGACAACUGGAAAACGCAAAGGGUUAACACCAUGAUGACGAUUUUGGAUGAUUUGAAGUCCCGGAUCCAGAAAACUCAUCAAUCUUCGGGAAAGAAGGAGCUUCGACGAUGUUUCACCGAUCUGAAACCGAAUCAUCAGAUCAAGAAUCAAGGAAAACCUCAGAACGAAUCUCCUCGGCCUCCCGAUGAGAUCCAGAAGCUAAGAAAGGAGCUCGACGCGAGUUUAGCGGCAAGAAAGAGCCUUCAAAUGAUGUGUUCGAGUAUGGGGAAGGAGAAGGAGAUCAUGGCCCGAGAGCUCGCGAGAAAAGCUCAAGAACUGACGGAAAUGGAGGAUUUGCUAGGCGAUAUUAGAGCUCAGAACGAGAAACUGUCGCAGAAAGUUCAAGCUUGCGCAGCCGAGCACAAGGAGAAGAAAGGAGGAGCCGGUCAAGAGAAUGGCGUCCUCAAGGCGCGAAACCGAGAGCUUUCUGAUCAGCUUUUGAAGUCUAUCGACGGGUACAAAUCGUUGAAACGGAGAUACAAAGACGUGAAAGAUGAAAACGCCGAAAUGCGAAGAAUGCUAAGAGAUUUGGCCGAAGAUGUUAAGGCUGGAUCCGAGACGCUACACGAGCUGCAGGACAAGGUAACGAGAACGAACGACGAGACGGAGAUGAAUCUCGAAGACGAGAUCUUAGCUUUGGAGAGUUUGUUUCAAGAAAUUAGUACAGCAAUUUCUAAAAAUGGACAUAAGUAA